AUGUUCAACCUGCCCCCUGUGCAGACUUGGCUUAAAUUCAAAGAGUGGUCCGAUAUUUUUGGUCCCAUUUUCAGCUUCACGCUUCCAGGAAGAUAUAUGGUCGUAGUCUCAACCGAGAAAAUCGCCAAUGAUCUCCUUCGAGAGCGUGGUUCGCUGUACUCAUCGAGAGAGCAACUGCCAAUGGCAGCCGAACUGAUGUCCAAGAAUCUUCGGACACUGCUUCAGCCAUACGACGAGCGAUGGAGACGGGGCCGCAAGCUCAUGCACGUUUUAACUAUGCCAGCAGCGGCGACCAAGUAUCAGCAUUUACAGGUGUUCGAAUCCGAAAGGCUUAUUUUCGAUCUACUAAGGGAUCCGUCCAGAUACGAAGAGCUUUUCGAACGGUAUGCCGGUGCCGUUAUUAUGCGGCUGGGAUACGCGAAGACAGUUGAAUCUAACGACGAGCCUUUAGUCCGCCGAGCGCUCGAGGUCGUGCAUACCGUGGAGCGUGUCGCCUCUCCAGGAUCGUACUUAGUCGAUAGCUUUCCUAUACUUAUGUAUCUCCCAAAAUGGCUCGCCCCUUUCAAGAAAGAGGCAGAGAUACUUCACCAGAGAGAGCUGUCACUAUUCCGAUCCUUGAUGGAAGAAGUCCGACAGGCAAUGAAGCAACCUGGAUGUCCUCCCUCUUUUAUGAAAACGUUUCUCGAAAGGCAAGACGAAUUUGGACUUACCGAUGAUGAAGGGGCAUAUGUAAUCGGUACCCUUUUUGAGGCCGGUAGCGGUACCACAGCAGCGGCGAUGAUGUCUUUUUGCUUAGCAAUGUGCCAUUAUCCAGAUUGGCAAGAAAAGCUACAGGCAGAGAUUGAUCAAGUUGUGGGAGACCAGCGACUGCCGGCUUUCGACGACAUCCCUGAACUGCCCCUGGUCCGGGCCGUUGCAAAAGAGGUUCUAAGAUGGCGGCCGGUCACAGCCGGAGGUAUUCCCCAUCAGCUCAUCAAAGAUGAUACUUACCUAGGGUUCUUCUUCCCUGCUGGCACUGUGGUACAUGCAAACCAGUGGUGA